CCCUCGAAACCGGGAGAAGAGCGUUGAGUGCCACGGGGAGGGAGGCUCCGGUCGCGACUGCGGCGAGUUACACCGUCUUCUAUCUGCAUCCGCCGCCGCCGGAGAGUAAGCCAGGAUGUUCGGGAUGCUGAGCAGCAGCUUUGAGGAUGAUCCCUUCUUCUCUGAUUCUUUUAUUGCACACCGAGAAAGUAUGCGACAGAUGAUGAGAACUUUCUCUGAACCUUUUGGAAGAGACUUGCUCAGCAUUUCUGAUGGUCGAGGACGAGCUCAUAAUCAUAUGGGGCAUGAUGAUGGUGAAAAUUCCUUAACUGCAGUGAAUUCUCUUGUGCCUUCUGGCAGUUUGGGUGGUAUGGCAAUGGACCGAAUGAUGUUAAAUAUGCGAAACAGUAUGCAGGAAUUACAGAGAAACUUUGAUCACCUUUCAAUGGAUCCAAAUGGACAUUCAUUUAGUUCUUCAUCAGUUAUGACUUAUUCCAAAGUAGGAGAUGAACCACCAAAGGUUUUCCAGGCCUCGACUCAAACCCGUAGGGCUCCAGGAGGAAUAAAGGAAACUAGGAGAGCACUAAGAGAUUCUGACAGUGGACUAGAAAAAAUGGCUAUUGGUCAUCAUCUCCAUGACCGAGCUCAUGUCGUUAAAAAGUCAAAGAACAAGAAGACUGGAGAUGAAGAGGUCAAUCAAGAGUUCAUCAAUAUGAAUGAAUGUGAUGCUCAUGCUUUUGAUGAUGAGUGGCAAAGUGAGGUUUUGAAGUACAAACGAGGAGGACAACGGCGCAAUCUAGAAAACACCAGGAUGCGAAGUGUUGGUCUUGAGAACUCAGGAUUCCGAGAACUUAAAAGAAGGGAGAAACCUCAUCAAAGUCCAGCCACUGAAUGUGGAAGAAGAUCAAAUGUCUUUGUGGACAAACUGAACAUCAAAGGAUCACCUGUGAAAAUCAACAAAAAAUAAAAAGCCUUGCAUGUGAUUAGUUUUGGUUGUUUUAACAGAGAAAGUAAUGGUGCUGGGUAAUAUAUGUAUGACCAAUCUCUUAUUAAAUCAGUACUGUACUUAGCAACUUUCUUCUGAUAUUCAAAUGUUCUUGAAAGUGCUAGCUUUAUAUUGUCCCUGUUUUUUAGAAAUAAAACUUUGAUUUUCACCAA